UUAGCCAACUGUCGCUCACCUGGUGUUUUAAAUCAUGGUCUUAAAAUCGGUAAUAAUUAUACACAUGGAAAAAUAGUUCGAUACUCUUGUAACCUUGGGUACACACUUGAAGGAGAAGCUGAACUGUCUUGUGUGGAUGGAAUAUGGAACAUUGCCACUCCCAAGUGUAAAGGUUAGCGUGCAUUCUUGUUUUUAAAAUAAAAGCUUGAGUUUAUUUGGGAGGUAAAGCGUGUUGUUUUAUUUGCAACUUUUUAAAUUGCGUGACAGCUUUCGGUAAUGGUUGGAAAGUGAAUUACAUACCCGGCAACUUUGAACCGUUUAAAGAAGAAUUAGCUCUUGUGCGUCUAUUCAAGUUGCAGUUACUUAAUACUCUGCUAUCUUCAUUUAUUGUAUUAGUUCGUUAUAUGAAAACGACAAAGGCUAAAAAAUUAACCGCCCUGUUUAUAUUUGUAUAGCUGUUGAGUGUGGUGAUCCUGGCAAACCAGCAAACGGAAAGCAGAUUGUCAAGAAAGGCUACGUCUAU